AUGGCUCCAUUUGACGACUGGAAUAAGAUUGACGAAGACGACGAAGACGAGCUGCAGGACACAUCGUGGCUCGAGGGCAAAAAAGAUGUUAUCCUAUUUUGUAUAGACUGCUCUGAGUCUAUGCUUGAGAGUUAUGACGACCCGAAGUACGAAGACACGAAAACAUGUCAUUUGUACUCCGCCCUGGAAGCUGCGAUGCAGAUCCAGAAGCGUAAGGUCCUUGUCGGCCCGAACGAUUCGGUCGGGAUUAUGCUGUUCAACACUACCAGAAGAAACGAGUCUACCUCUCAGGGGUCUGAGAUCAAACACAAUAACUUUGUCUAUCAGCCUAUUGCACAAAUCAGCGCACCAAAGGUCUUAGAACUCAUGCAAUUGCUCGAUGCUGCCAGAGAGGAUCCCGAGUACUUGCGUGAAACAUUCCCUCCCCUAACGGGGAAGCGAGUACCUAUGGGAGACGUAUUCACCAGUUGCAAUUGGGUACUACGUGAUGGAGCACCGAAAACCGCGACAAAGCGUGUGUUCCUGAUCACAGACGAGGACAAUCCACAUCCUGGCAUCGGAGGGCAGAGACUCCUGACCUCCGCACAGACAACACUGCUUGAUCUCACGCAAGCGGGGGUCAACGUGGAGCCUUUCUUUAUCAGUACGGAAGAAAAGCCCUUUGACACGAGCAAGUUCUACUCUUCCGUCUUGCUGCCCACGAACCUUGAAGAUGCAGAUGACGACCCCGACUCGCCUGCUUCUGUGCUGCCCGAGUCGAUCUCCAUUACUCGAAUAGAAGACCUGAUCUCCCAGAUGCGAAUAUAUGAAGUACCGAAACGCUCGCUAUUUAAUGUGCCUUUCCAGCUUGCCGACGGGUUUGUCAUUGGCGUCAAAGGGUAUGGGCUAGUAACAGAACAGACGAAAGGAUCGUAUAGAUAUUUUGUUGAUCUGGGGGAGAAGAUGGAGGUGGCUGAAUCACGGACGGUCUACGCCGAUGACGAACCAGAAGAAGUGCCAAAGCCUGAGAUCCUCUACGGUAUGACACUGGGCGGUAAUCCUGAUGAAAAUGAAGCCGGGGGUCGCCUCGUUCCAGUUGGCUGUCGGGUAUUUUAUACCGCAGAGGAAGUGAAGACGUUUCGCACAUUGGGCUUGGAGCCAGGAAUAAAGCUGCUCGGCUUCAAGGACAGAUCGGAGUUGCUUUUUGAGGAUAAUGUCAAGCACUCGACUUUCGUGUAUCCCGAUGAAAUGACAUAUUCCGGAAGUAAACGGACGUUCGCCGCUUUGUUGAAGUCUAUGAUUAAGAAGGACAAGAUUGGUCUAGCACUGGCCUUGCUGCGGCGAAAUUCAUCACCCAUCUUUUGCGCAUUGCUUCCGCAAGAGGAGAAACCAGACGAGACGGGUUGGAUGGAGCCCUCCGGAUUUCACCUCAUCCCGCUGCCCUUUGCGGAUGAUAUCAGAGCUGCGCCCAUAGACGAAGCCUUGCGCACACCGGAAGAUAUCAGAGAUGCGGCUAAAGCCUGGAUACAUAAGUUGUCUGUGAAGAACGGUACUUACCCCCCAGAUGCUUACCCAAAUCCCGCGUUGGCGUACCAUAACGCCCAGCUGGAGGCAAGCGCGUUCAGAGAAGAAUAUGACCCAGAGACAUUCGAGGACUUGACAAUUCCGAAGUAUGAUAUGAUCCACAAGCGAGCCGGUCCGCUCAUGAAAGAUUGGAAGCUCGCACUCGUAAAUGAUGAAUCAUCGCACAUAACAAUUGCCACAACCGGGUCAAAGCGCAAGGCUGACAUCAGCGUUGGAGAAGCGGAAAUUCGGUCGAAAUACGAGUCUGGAACUCUGAGCAAACUCCGAGUGGAUCAGCUCAAGGAGUUCUGCAAGAGCAAAAGCUUACCUGUCUCUGGUAAGAAGGGUGAAUUGAUAGAUAGGGUCGCAGAAUGGCUCGAUUCCCAU